CUCGUGACAGGCUCCUUAGGUGCCAUACGCAUAUGGGAUGUGAAGAGUGGUCAUGCGCUGCAUAAAAUGACUGUUGCACGGGCGGAAAGAAAGAAGGAGGUGAUAGUGUGGUCACUUCAAGUGCUAAGUGAUUUCACUAUCGUUUCGGGCGAUUCUCGUGGACAGGUAACAGUAUGGGAUGGCAAAAUGGCGACACAGCUAGAAUCACAUCAAGUGCUUAAAGCGGAUGUGCUAACGGUUGCUAUAAAUGAAGAAGAGAAUAUGUUAAUGUGCUCAGGAAUCGAGCCAAUUAUCAGAAUCUAUGCCAAAACAAAAAUCAAGCGGGAAGACACGGAAUACAAUUGUUGGGUUAAAUAUCUGCAACGUAGUGUGCACGACAACGAUGUGAAGGCAUUGAUAUGUGCUGGUGAUCGUAUAUAUUCCGGCGGUAUGGACGGAUAUUUAGGUAUAUCUUCAGCCAGCAAACGUGUCUCUACAAUAGCUAAAUAUGGUCCAUUCUUAAAAAACCCGUGUGUUGUUAUAUCACCCAACAACCGUUUAUUACUGCUUCGUUAUACAAACUAUCUAGAGAUAUGGCGUCUGGGCUCUACCGAUGGGAGACCACAAUUUGAGGGAUCUGCCGAAGAUGAGCAGGAUAACAAACCAAAGCACAAAAAUAAAGCACCAGACCGUAGGCUAUUUGCCUUGAAUUCAGCGCCUGAAAAAUUGUUAGAAUUCAAAAGCACACAUGAGGAGCCGAUAGUUUGCGCGACAAUUUCACCCGACAGUCAGUGGUUGUGCUAUUCAACACAAAAGCAUAUAAGACUUUUCCGUUUCGUGCCAGCCGUGGCCGGCAAAAAUGAUACCCAACUUGCGCGCAUUAAAGGGCUGCCCCAACAGUUUACCAUUGCCUCCCAUCUAACAUUUACUAGCGACUCUAAGCGCUUAUUCCUCGUGCAACCCAAUACCCAUCAAAUACAUGUAUUUUCGGUGGUCAACAAUGGUAGUACUGACUUAGAUUUUGUAGAAAGUAUUGAAACCAGCAAACACAUAAAGGACGUUAUUAAUCUAUUGGCUGUGUCAGAGUGCGGUACAUACGUAGUAGCGACAGGUACUGAUCAUACUAUUGGUGUGUGGCGCAUAUUCCAGGGGAAACACUACAAACACCAUCUCAAUAUGCCACGCUACUCGGCUAUUACCACUGCGUUGGCGAUACAUGCGCAAGAACCACGUCUUGUUGCAGCAUUUUCCGAUGGUAAAAUUAUUGAAUAUGACUUAGAAGAAAUGUGCUUCACCUGUUCGGAGCAGGAAUAUUUCGUGGACAACGCAGAAACGCAUUGUGUCUCAAAUGUGUUGGUAGAUAAGCGCAAUCCCAACCACAUUAUACUACACAAUGAUGCGUAUUUAUAUGUGUUGGAAAAAACGACAAGUAAGGAAGGAGAGAACGGGCAAGAUGAGGAUGCCGGAGAAACACCGAAAAAGAAGGCUGGAAAAAAGUUCAAGCGUGUAAAUAGUGACAACAAAGUCAGUGGUCUGCGUUUAAAGUUCAAGAAAUCCUUCGAGCAUUUAAUAUCACUCUGUUGGCUUAGCACGGACGAGCUAGUUGCAGUUGGUGUGAACCCUAUCACGUUGAUAGAACAACUGCCGGACGUAUUCAAACAAAAGAAAUUCGGCACAUCUUAAUGUAAAAUAUAUAUAUAAAAGCAAAAAGUAUACAUCCGUAAUGUAGAAAAUGUGCUUUGUUUUAUAAAUUAUGUAAUAUUAAGGUUUAUAGUUAAAUUAAAAUAAUUGUAUCAGUGAUGUCAUGUUUAUAAAUACUAGCUCAAGAAAUACCUUUUGAUAGCGAAGGCAUUUAAAUACUGGAUAUUGUAAAAAGCUAAUGGUAGUGUUAUUAUUUAUAUACUUGAUGUCAAAAAUACAUAUAUGUAAACAAGUUUUACGAAAGCUAAUACUUAUAAUGAUUUUUAUAAAAAGUACAUAUAUGCUGCGUAGAAGCACUUUUGUAAUUGCUCGUAAGUUAUAUACAUACAUAUAGAUCAGACAUGUACACGUGAGCCUCACGAAGCCACCCGGCUUUUACGUACAAAUUAUGAGUGCGAAGCCACCGAACAUCUGCGACGCUAUCAACCAGCCAGUUUCCGUUUAUACACACAUACUGAGUCAAAAAUGUUGCGCAUGUAUUGAUAGCUCUGUCAUCGCUGUGCAUCACUGAUAUAGAUAGGCAAAUAGUUUAUAAAAGUUUCGAAUUCAACCCAAUAACUAAUGAAGGCCAACACUCUACGAUCAACCUUUACUUCCUCAAGUUAAAAAAAUAUGGUUACGUUUUGUCACCCAGAACAAACAUACAUAUGUACAUACAUACAUAUAUAACUUAACUUAUGCAUUGUAUAUGAAAGGCCUGUGGCAUUGAAUCAUUCAGCAAUUGCAAGCUCUUCAAAUCGUCAUUAACAUUUUGAAAUAUUUCACUUUGUAAGCAUACUACUAACUACUAUUGUUGCUGCUCUUUCUGUUACGAACAUUGUUGCUUUUUUGGUUUAACUCGUCUAGCCGAAGUCUAGACGUUGGCGCGCAUUCCAUGCCGCAAUGUGACAACAACCACCAUAACAAUAGCCGCCCACUACCCAAAAAUAAAUACUACAACAGCAGAAACAAUGCAAAAACAAAAAAA